AUGGCAAAUUCCCUUUUCUUCUUUCUCAUUAUUUUCUCAUUUUCUAACGUUGCUUUUGCAUCUGAUACAGCUUUAUCCAACGCGCUGGACAUUCUCGCAAACUCUGGCUUUCUCUCCAUGGCACUUACCCUUCAAAUUACCUCCAAGACCCUCGAUCUUGAUUCUAAAAUCAUAACCAUUUUCGCUCCAUCCGAUCUUGCUUUCGUUCAGUCAGGUCGGUUGUCUCUUCUCCAGCUUCAAUAUCACAUAUCACCACUACAACUCUAUCGAAAUACUCUCAAGAGUCUUCCUUUUGGCACAAGAAUCCCCACGCUGUUGUCAAAUCACUCACUGAUCGUCACUACUUCAGAUUUCAAUGCACCGUGUUCGAUUAAUGGUAUCUUUAUCGACGAAUCUCCUCUUUAUGAUGAAGGGCCUUUGGUUAUAUAUGGGAUGAAUGCGUUCUUUGAUACUUCAUUUCAUUUUACUACUAGCACUUCUUUUUCAGCACAUGAGCCGAGUCCUCCUCCAACUACUAUAGUUAAUAAUUUUUCCUCUCAGAGUGAACUUAAACAGUAUGGUUUUGAAGUUGCUGAGUUUGGCAAGGCAUCUAAUUGGCUAAGGUUAAGAGGGUAUACAACAAUGGCGACAUUUCUUGGCCUUCAAUUGUCAGGGUUUAGAGAUCAUACAAGAUUGACAAUCUUUGCGCCACCUGAUGAAGCAAUGGAAGCAUAUGUGACAAACAUUACUGACUAUUUGUUGAUUUUUCGGCAGCAUAUCGUUCCAAGAUUGCUUAGUUGGAAGGAUAUGGGUAGACUUUCUAAUGGGACAAUUUUGCAAACGUUUUCAGAAGGGUUUGUGAUUAAUCUGACUUGGUCUGGUGAUGUCCUUGUGCUUAAUGGUGCUCCAGUUAUAGUCCUUCCGGAUAUGUAUACAAGCAAUUGGCUUGUAGUACAUGGCCUCAAUCGGUUGCUCAUGCCACCUGUGAAUCAGAAGAUAAUUGGAGAAUCUUUCUCUGAACUUUUUGCAGAAGAUGACAAUGAUCAGCCAGAGUAUAAAUGA